AGAUAGUAAUAAAAGGAGUUGUAAGAUAUCAUGUUUUUUCGGUUUGUAUAUCAUGUUUUUUUUCGACACACAUAUAUAUCAUGUUUUUAAUUGAAGAUAGUGAUGUUGUAAUAAGAUAGAUUAAUUCUAGCCACACUAUCAACACGAUAUUUGUUGAAUAUAAUGACUACCGGGGGAUCAUGGAGUUAGCGAGGUAUUAACUGUCAUGGAGCCAUCUCAACGUAACACCGAAACGCCGUCGUUUGAGUAUGCCACAGUCCCUGUUGAUUCCAGCGGGCGAGCCACCGUGUUCCGACCGUUCUCUCUCUCCUCCCCCCACUCACGCGCCUUUCACCUAGCGUGGCUCUCACUCUUCUCCUGCUUCUUCUCCACCUUCUCCAUCCCUCCUCUAAUCCCCGUCAUCUCCUCCGACCUCCGCCUCUCCGCCUCCGCCGUAUCCGCCGCCGGAACCGCCUCCUUCGCCGGCUCCAUUUUCUCCCGCCUCGCCAUGGGCCCGCUCUGCGAUCUCAUCGGCCCGCGCACCUCCUCCGCGAUCCUCUCUUUCCUCACCGCUCCCGCCAUCCUCUCCACCGCCUUCGUCUCCUCUCCCACUUCCUUCGUCCUCGUCCGCUUCUUCGUCGGCUUCUCGCUAGCUAACUUCGUCGCUAAUCAGUACUGGAUGUCCUCCAUGUUCUCCGGCAACGUCGUCGGUCUCGCUAACGGCGUCUCCGCCGGUUGGGCUAACGUCGGCGCUGGUCUCUCUCAGCUCCUUAUGCCUAUUCUCUACACGACCAUCGCUGAGUUCCUCCCACGCGAUGUCUCUUGGCGCGUGUCGUUCGUGUUCCCCGCCGUUUUCCAGGUGAUCACCGCCGUACUAGUUCUCCUCUACGGACAAGACACACCCGACGGUAAGAGAAAAGCCUACAAAGACAGAACUCAGUUAGAAGAAGAAGAACGUUCGAGUUUUGUCCGAAUCCUUCUCGACGGACUUGGAGACUACAGAGCGUGGAUUCUAGCUUUGCUGUACGGUUACUCGUUCGGCGUCGAGCUCACGACGGACAACAUGAUCGCAGGAUACUUCUACGAGCGGUUCGGCGUGAAUCUUGAGGCGGCGGGGACGAUCGCGGCGAGUUUCGCGAUAUCGAACGUGGCGUCGCGGCCGGCGGGAGGGAUGGUUUCGGACUUGCUGGGGAAAAGGUUCGGGAUGAGAGGGAGGCUGUGGGGGCUGUGGAUAGUGCAGUCGGUGGCUGGGUUGUUGUGUUUGUUACUCGGACGAGUCAACUCGCUCUGGGGAUCAAUCGCCGUCAUGUGGGUCUUCUCUAUAUUCGUCCAAGCUGCUUCUGGACUCAUCUUUGGCGUCGUCCCCUUCGUCUCCACAAGAUCGCUAGGAGUGGUGGCGGGAAUGACGGGAAGUGGUGGCACUGUAGGAGCGGUGGUGACACAGGUUUUGUUGUUUUCCGGCGAUAAUGUUAGAAAGCAAAGAAGCAUUUCACUUAUGGGGUUAAUGACUUUUGUCGCGUCUCUUUCUGUCACGCUUAUUUACUUUCCACGAUGGGGUGGAAUCUUUUGUGGUCCUUCUUCGUCUUCCGAAUGCGAUGAUUGUUCCCAGCGGCUACUUGGAGACGAGGAAGAGGACGACGAUAAGGUGGUGAUUAGUGGUAGACUACGUCCCGUUUGUUGAUUCUCGCAACUACUAUGCGUUUCGACUAAACCAAUGUGUAAUAAACUUGUCAAGUGUGUGUAUAUAUGUAAUAGCUGAGUUUAUGCAUGUUGUGGUCAGGCUGAAGAAAACGAGGUGUGGUACUUUAUACAUGUAAAGCUGAGUUUAUAUACAUAUCGAAUUGAUAAAAUGUUGUAUUCAAGUUUA